AUGGAGCUCAAGAACAUCAUCAUAUUGGGAGCUCGUGGUAAUGUGGGCACCGCACUCAUCGCCGAACUCCUCAAAACGCCAGACACGUUUACGAUAACCGCUGUCUCGCGUUCAUCUUCGACUAGCACGCCACCAACCGGUCCCGAUGCCAACAUCACCCGCAAGGCCGUCGACUAUAGCUCCUUGAACUCCCUGAAGGAAGCUUUCACCGGCCAAGAUGCAGUCGUAAACUGUGUCACUGGCGGAGCGACGCAGUAUGAGCCGUCAAAGCUUAUCAUCGACGCUGCUGUCGCCGCUGGGGUGAAGUUCUUCUUCGCGAACGAGUACGUAGGCAACGUGGGAAGCGAGCAGUUCAAGCGGCUUCCAGAGUCGGCCGCAGGCGCCAAGGUCAGAGUGAGAGAGUACCUCGAGAAGCUCGCGAAGGAGGAGAGGAUUACCUGGACUGCGUUGAACGGCGGACCGUUCUUCGACAUGUGGCUUAUGAAAGGUCCCGCGGGUUUCGACAUCAAGAACAAACAGGCGCGCAUCUACGGUUCGGGCAACAACCCCCUCUACUGGACACCCCUACCCACCAUUGCCGUCGCCGCAGCUGCGAUUAUACGCAAUCCCUCCGCCACUGCCAACCGCGGGGUCUUCAUCUGUCCCUUCGCUCCAGGCACCCUCACACAGAAUAGUCUUCUCGCUGCAUUGGAGACUGUUCUCGAGUUGCAGUUCUCUGUUACGCACGUUGAUGUUGCAACGAUCAAUAAGAAUGCUAAGAUUGCGCUGGGGAGAGGGGAGGUGGGGAAGGCAAUGCGCGGGUUUACUAUCAGCAAUCAAUUUUAUGAGGAGGAUUGUGGGAAUAAUUUGGAAGGGCUGACGGAGAAUGAACUGUUGGGCGUCGAGGAAAUGAAUGUGGAGGAGGCGGUCAGGGACGCGAUUGAGCGGUAUGGAACGGACGUUUCCGUUGUGGAGAGUAUGUUUAGGGUCGAGCCUUGUGAUGUGUGA